AUGUCUGAAGAAAUAGAACAACAAUCCCUCGAGGAGGAGGAAGUUGAAUUUUUUGAAUUUAUCCAAAUAAAUAAAAAAGCUUUAAGAGUGAAGCUUUCGGAGGGAGUUUAUGACGAGAAAAUUCCUUCUCAUUGUUCGUUGCUGGUUUUAUCUAACAUAUACGGAUUUUUCGUCGCUGCAACGAAUAAAGGUUUCAUUUACGCGUCUACACAAGAUCUACGCGACAAAUUCGAAGCUUCCAAAGCCGAUUCAAAGGAACUCCUUACUCAGAAAGUACAUAUUGAUGUACGUGAAGGUCAAGUUAUAUGUCUUCGACUUUCUUCAGAUCAUUUGACACUAGCUGUUUGUAUCAAUAAUGGUCAAAUACUACUUUAUGAUGUUACUAAGGUUGCAUUGGAGUUACAUAGUAUUAAACCUUAUCAAAUAUUGUCAUUUGAUGAUGAAAUUAAAGACGCUCGACCAAAUCCGGGUGAGAAAUACAACUCAAUAGCCAUAUUGCUUAUGUCCGGAAAUGUAUUAAUUAGAGAUUUUCUAAGUGAUGAAGAAAUCGGAACCAUACAGAGUGAUAAAAUUGGAGAACAAAUUACUUCUAUAUGCUGGUCCCCGAAAGGUAAACAAUUAGUAUGUGGAUGUCAAAAUGGUAAACUUAUUAAAUAUACCCCAGAAGGUGUAUCCAAAGGAAUAAUUAAUCCACCUCCGGAUUUAGAACAAAUCGCUUAUUUUGUUGUUCAGGAGAAUGAUUCUGAACAUGAAGUAUACGUAGUGUCUCAAGAACCCAAAAUAAAAACAAAUUACUACAAAUUUCCAUAUAUCUGUGGUCCCUCUGGUCGUGAUAAAUUACCAUAUUUAUAUAUGGAGUCAAUAAAGGACUGGGGUUCAAAUUUAAAAAAUCUCGUAAUUUGCGCGAGCGCCAAUUCAACAGAUAUCAAUACGGUUGCUCGUGAUAAACUGAAUAAUUGGUCAAGUUGGAUUCUUGCAGAUACAAAUCGGGCGGUUCUUCCACUAUCAGAUAUUCAUGAGGAGGAUACAUUACCAGUGGGAUUGGCUCUUGAUUUUACUUGUACUGAUUAUUGGAGUGGUUUGGUAGCCGGAGAAGAAAAACAAAUACCACCAGUUCCUAUAUUAUAUAUUUUGAAUGACGAAUGUGAUAUUCUGGGAUACCGAUGUUUCUAUAAUGACGCAAUUUUUUCAGGCGAGAAUUUUUCAGAAAUAUCACCUCCAAAGGUUUUACCUACUACUGGCCAUUCAUCAGGAGUGAUAUCUCAAAAAAAGGAUUUAUUACCAGACGAAACGAAAUCCGAGAACAUAACACUUCAAAAUAAUCAAGAGCAAAAAUCCUAUAAUAUUAACGCAUCUGAACAGAAGAAUAAAUUCAUUCCUUCAACUCCAAUUAUUAAUAGUAAUACAGAUAAAUUUAAUACAAAAAAUCGAGAACAAAACUCUAUUGAUGACCUUUCCGAAACAACGAUAAAAAAUAAUUAUAAUCAAACUUCGGUUUUGUCUGAAAAAACCAAUCUAACAGAUGCAGAUAAUAAAUUGUCACCACCGUAUACAAUUAAUGAUAUUAAUGAUGAUAUGCCUCAAUAUAAUAAGCGAAGAGCAGAAACGGUGAUUUUAAAUAUUGAUCGAUUUAAUGCUGCUAAGAAUGCUAUUGAUAAGUUCCAUGAAGGAAUAAAAAGGGUGGAAGAAAAUUGUAUCUUAAAAUAUAAAAUGCGGUCAAAUGAGCGAAGUUUAUACAAUAUUAAUUCUUUAUUGAUUGGCGAUUUGCCCUUUAUUAUCUUGGAAACAAAAGAAUUAGAAGAUCGUGCUGAGGAUUAUACUAAAGAUCUUGUUGAUUUAAAACAUCAAGUUCUGAAUUUUUCUGACGAAGUUAGCUUAGGUAACACUAAGGCGAAAAAUGAUUUACAAAGACUUCAAGAUGCUCCCCGAAUUAUUUCCGUGGGUAGUCGUCUAAUGAUACAAAAACGAAUUAAGGACAGGAUAGAGACCGUUUUUAAGAAUGUCAAAGAGAGUAUCAAAGCUUUAGAAACUCAAUUGAACACAUUGCACGAACAAAUCAAAGAAAAAAAGAACUCUGGAUUAUUAAGGCAGUCUCCUUUGGACUAUAUUGAUCGUUCAAUUCGCAAUAUCAGUAAAGGCUUAUAUCAUAAUGUAACCAAGAUUGAUCAUCUGAAUGCUCAGUUAGAUAAACUUUCACAGCAUAUUAUAACAACGGAAAGUGAAGCUUCAACUGAAGAUGUUUCUGAGCAAAUCAUCAAAGAAGUCAAAUCGGUUAUGAAUCCUAAAUUGAAUAUUUCCUAUUCGAUAGAUGCAGCUAAAGCUACAUCCACUUACCUUAAUAAAGAAAGUUUUUGCGAAAAAUUCAAGAAUCUGAAUAGAAAAAAACGGAAAAAUCCAAUUAUAAGCAAUCUUUUCGAAGACAAAGUGAUUGGUGAGAGAAAACCUAUGCCUUCGAUCACAAUAUCACCAAAAAAGAACCUAAGUCCAAUGAAGAUUCGCGAUAUACCAGCACAAUCCUAUGAACCAAAAUUAGUACAUACGCAAGAUAUUCCAAAAAAUAUAUCGAACAUAUCAAGCCCUUCCAAUGAACCACCAUUUAGUAAUCAUUUUCAGACCAAUCUCGAUGAUGAUGAUGCGUUUAUAAAGAUAUCAGUUAUUGAAGGUGAUGAUUCAUCAAGCUUAUCACGGACUUCAGAAUUUCGCCCAACAUAUGAUGAAUCCGAGAAGUCCAAAUCCGAAGGUCUGCCAUCGGAAACUGAAUCUCUUAUUAUAUCCAAAGUGGUAGAAAACGCCACAACCGUAGAGCCAGUAAUAGAUACAGGUAGUGAGAUUAUUCAAGAAAUUAUAGAAACGAAAAACGACUCGAAAUUUGAGAUUACAGAUAAAGAUUUAAAUGAAAACUUUAAUUCGUUUGGAUUUGAAGAGCCAUCAAACUCUAAUAAUUCAUUAAGUCAGCUCAGUGGGAUUAGCGAGUUUGGGAUGACUUCAUCAUUAGGAACAUUAGGUAAUACUGUAAGUGAACCUGUUAUGGGGCAGAAAAUUGUAUUUGGUACAUCAACACCUUCGCCUUCACCUUCACCAUUUGGCGGUAAUAAUGAAAGUAUUCCACGAGCGUUUGCAAUACCACCAACACCACCAAGUAAUGUGAAUGCAUUUGGACCAUUGCCAUCCAGUGUUACGCAAACCCCUACUUUUGGUUCGCCUAAUCCUUUUGGACAGCCGGCAUUUGGUCAAACAGGUUUCGUGCAAAACCCAGCCUUCGGUCAACCAGCUUUUGGUCAACAUGGCUUUGGACAAAGGCCUGCAUCAACACUUGGAGUUAGUCCCGCAUCCAUGAAAGCACCAAGUGGGGGUGGAUUUGCACGAUUUGCGAGUAAUAAUGCGUUCGGAAGUUUUGGUGAAGCGGCAAAUUCUCCUUCUAGAUUAUCUAAAUAUCAAGAAAAUUAUACAAUCAUGCUUCGCUCGUUAUUACUACUACCUACUUUAAGUGCAAGGCAGAAAAUUUGUUUUUAUACAACUUCAAUUACACCUGACGAAAGUCAAGUGAAAUUGAAUAACAAUAAUAACAAUAAUGACAAGGAAACUCUUUUAACUAAAACCGAAAGGGCCGAAAGAGUCGUGAAUUCAUUAAUAGAACAUAUCCAAACAAAACAUAUAGAAAACGUUGGUGAUACUUUUAAAGUUGAAAAGGUCAAAGCUGAUGACACACAAGAAAAUUCUAACGUUGAACAAAAUAAGUCAAGUAACAUAAGUCGUGUAGAAGUUUCUAAUGUAAAUUCUAACGUUGAACCUGUUUCAAAAAAAUCUUUUGCGGAAAGAGCAAAAGCAGGUUUCCCCAAAAAAUUUAUGCCUUCGGAGUUGGCAAAUAAAUGGGAAAAACCAAAAGAAAGAUUGCAAUUAUUUGAUUCAAUUGACUUUGGACCAAUUGGUGUUCCUAGCAGGUUUGUUGAAAUUAGGAAUCUUCCUCAUACAAUAAUUCCUCGUGAUAUACAAAUGCUUGCAGUUGAUAUUCCAAAUGGUAUAAGUGCUAUCAAUGAAAUUUCACCAAUUCGUAAUAAUUUUUUUCAGUUUAUGGGAGCAAUUGAAAUGAGUUUUCAUAGCGAAAAAGACGCCCCCAAAAAUUAUGAAUUAAAACCUAGAAUGCCAUCAAAUAACAUGAGAGGAACUGCUAACAACGGUACCAGCGUUAUUGUAUCUGGUUUACCUAGACAUGUUGCACUUGAACAAAUUAGAGAAUUUAUUACUGAUAUACCCAACAAUCAGCAACAAAUUUGGAAAAAUAUUUUUGAACUACCAGUUGCUGGUGCUUCGCCAAUCUAUUCAAAAUAUUUAAUUGUUAUGAGAACUAAACCUGAAGCCUAUCGUCUGGUGAGAAAAUUACAUAACACUUAUUUCGCAAAAGAUUUUAACAGUAAAAGAUUUCCAAUAAAAGCUAAGAUUGUACUUUUAUCAAUUGGAAAAUGA